GAUUAAAGGGAAGUUACUCUCUAGAAUUGUACAGUAAUUUACCGGGCCACCGAAAUUCCCGUGAAAAUGAACCAAGAUGAUGUUAAUACAUUGGUUUCUUCUGUCCAGGUUAUUAUGAGUCCUAAUGCUACGCCAGCAGAUCGACAAACAGCUCAUCAGAUAUGUGAAGAAUUCAAGGAGAAUUCCCCAUAUUGUAUACCAUGUGGAUUAACAUUAUCUGAGAGAGUACAUCCCCAUAUCAUACGUCACUUUGGCUUGCAAUUACUGCAACAUGUCAUCAGGUACAGAUGGACAAAAUUGACGGUAGAAGAAAAAGAUUUGUUGAAAGCCAGUUCUUUGACUCUGAUAGAAAAAGGAACGUCUGGAAUACUGGAAGAGCAACCUCAUAUCAAAGAUGCAGUUUCUCGAAUUGUCGUGGAAAUAUUAAAACACGACUGGCCAAACCUGUGGCCUUCACUGAUGCCAGAUCUGUAUAGGCUAUGUUUACAAGGGCCUACCCAGACAGAGCUGGUACUGAAAGUAUUUCUGAGGCUUGUGGAGGACAUUAUCAUCUUCCAAAACAUGCAGCACCAGAGACGGCGAGAACUUGUCAAUGCUUUGAAUGUGAAUGCUGGGGAACUGAUAGAGUUGUUUCUGAACCUGCUGGAAGAACAUACGAAGAAAGGGGACACUUUGAUGAACUCUGGGUCUGAAGAAAGCCGGAAAAUUGCUCAGUGCCACUUGAAGGUCAGUGAGGAGACCUUGAUGACCUUGAAUGGUUACGUAGACUGGGUCCCAAUGAGUCAUGUGAUCAUUAAAGACAGUCUGCUUCUACAGAUGUUGUGUCUACUGCUGAGUCAUACAACCCUUCAACUUCCUGCAGCAGAAUGCCUCUAUACUAUAGUUAGCAGAAGGGGCAAGAUAGAAGAUAGAAAGCCACUGCUGAUAUUAUUUCAUGAAGGUGCCAUGUCAACAAUCUGGGAGGCAGCUAUUACAGCUGAGAAGGGAUCUAAAGAUGAACAUUUUUACAAGGUGCUACAAAAGUGUUGUCAGAUCUUGGUGGAACUUGGGAGACAGCUUUGUGCUCUUUGGGGUGCUGAAGCCAGUCCUGAGGUCAGCCAACCGCCAAAUUUCCAGAAAUAUUUAGAAGCUUUACUGGCAUGUACAAAACAUCCUAGUCAGAUGCUGAGUAGUUACACGCUGACAUUAUGGGCUCAGUUUAUACGCCAUGAGAAGAUAUCGAAGGAUCCCAUGUUCCAAGCUAUCCUACCUCAGCUUAUAGAAUCUGCCUCAAAAACAUUACUCAAAGUUGGGUUUCCUAGUCAGUGUAACUCACCGAGCUGUGAUUAUGCUAGGUUAGACUUUGACAAUGAUGAGGAAUUCAGUAUUUUCUUCUCAAAAUACCGAGCAGAGGUUGCUGAGAUAGUACGACAGGCAACUCUACUGAUUCCCACAACAACUUUUGGAUAUGCGUCGCAGUGGGUCAGACUUCUUCUCAGCAAGCCAGUAGACAAUGGAGAAGAUUCGAAAACUCCCAACUGUAACCUGAGUUCACCAUCGUUCCUGGAAUGGGAUGGUCUGACGGUGUUCCUAGAGAGUGUGAUGUGCAGGAUGAAACUCGACAAUCAACCACAGUCCUGUAUAGAUGAUGGUAUAAGUCUUCUCAAAGCCGUGCUAAACUACGAAUCUCAGGAUCCGCUGAUUUUAUCAGGUCUUCUCUCUUGUAUAUCAGCUUUGUUUAUUUUCCUGAAGUACACGCCAGAUACCUUGAUGACUGUACUGAGAAAGAUAUUUUCUGCUGUUGUGUUCAAUUUACCUGGUCAAACGAAAUCUACGCGUAGCAAGGCUGUGAAGAAUGUGCGACAACAUGCAUGCUCCAUUCUAGUUAAAAUCUGUAAACAGUACCAGGACCUCGUCUUUCCGGUAUUUGAUGAACUGUUUAACCAUAUACAGUCUAUCAGCAAUGAUCCGGAUCAACUGUCACAGAUGGAGAGAUGUAUACUCAUGGAAGCCAUGAUUCUUAUCAGCAACAAAUUCAACAAUUUUGAGAAGCAGUCUUCAUUCAUAGAGGAAGUUACAAAACCAGUCAAGGAAUUCUGGUCUUCAGAGGAAUUCAAAAUAGCAUUUUGGUCAACAGAUAAGCUUAUGUCAUAUGUAGGGUUAGACCAGGCACCUGUGGAGCCAAGCUCAGCUGAUACUUGUGGUAUUAACCGAUCACAUAUAAGUUACUGUAUUCAUACAAUCCUGGCUGUGAUAAAACGUAGCAAAUGGCCUGAUGAUGUACAGAUUGCAAAAGAUGGAGGAUUUGUGAUAGGAACAGCAAAAAAUGGAGACAGUAUAAUGAGGAAUCCAGCAACUGUUCAUAUCACUUGUCUACUGGAGAAUGUUCUUGCUCUACUCAAGGCAAUGAAUAUGCUGUUCUGUGAGGAGUUUAUGAGGCUGCGUCAUCCGGAUUACUCGAAGGCAUAUGAUCUACCAGAUAAUGAAAUACAUUCCCUUUUAGGUAUACCACAACCUCAUGUAGACAACACCAGUUUAACAAUGAGUAGACAGCCAAUAGAAAGAAUGCAGAAUUUUCUCACAAUAUCUUAUGAAAUAUGUUUUCAUAUUCUGGGCAAUGCUGGUCAGUGUCUUGGAAGUGAAUUCUACGCCAUACCAAACCUGGCACAGUCUAUGAUACAGACUGUGUUAUCGAACCUAGAUGUUGUACCAGACUACAGACUGAGACCUAUCAUUCGUGUGUUUCUUAAGCCAUACAUACAGCAUUGUCCAAGUGAGUACUACACAGCGGCUGUCAUACCUGUAUUGGCCCAUGUGUGUCCAUUUAUGUACUUGAGGCUUGGGAAGAAAUGGCAAGAUAUAAAUGAGAGAUGUCAGACAAGGAGAGAUACUGAUGAUGAUAACCAAGAAAGCCAGGAAGUUGUAGAGGAACAAGUGACACGUCAGUUAACUAGAGAAUAUGUAGAACUCUUAGGAACAGUAUUUUUCAAGAAAAGUAGUGCUGCAGUGGAAGAAAAAAUGUUAGAGGAAGAGGAAACUCCGACCCAACCUCAAGCACGAGAACUUGGUGAACUUGGAAAAUUAUGUCUGCUUACUGAAUCUGUAUGUGAACCAUUAGUAAUUACUGCGUUUGGUGGUCUAUGCUGGAUGGACACGCCCACUUGUGUCAAAUGUAUGGCUCUAGCCAACCCAAUUCUAAAGCAGCUUAUAGCAGACAAUAAGAUGUCAGGAUCUGCAGCGUACCAUUUCUAUGGCAACAUUGUGAUGUCGUUACAACAUCAGGGUCAGUUUGAAGGUGUGCAGUCUUUGCUACUGGGACUGGGACUGCAGACCUAUGAAUUACUGCGUCCUUUAUUUCCUGAAGUGCGUAAACUGAUGUUGGAAAUUCCAAAAUGUACAGAAGAAGCGUUGAAUGUUUUUGAUGAGAAGAUUUUAGGAGCAACACCUACCCAGAAAAUGGGCGAGAAGAAAAAGAAGGAUGCUUACAAGAAACUUGUUGCUGAAGCUAUAGGGAAGUAUGUUGGGCAACAGUUCAAAAGAGAAAUACAUUAUCAGAGUUUACCGAAUUUGUUCCGGCGGAUCAGACACCGUCAACCUACUUUGGAUGAUAUAGAACACAAAGACAUUGGAUUGUGCAGCCUGUUCAAACCUGAAGCUAAUGGUGAUAGUUGAUGUUGUAGAACACCAUGUUUAAACCUGAAGUCAUUAGAAAUGGUUAAUUUUACAUCACAGGUACAUUGGACUGUUGUAACAUGUUCAGACUGAAGUAAACAUCAUUAGGUGAUGAGAUAGAACACAAUGACAUUGAACUGUUUGGCUUGUUUAAAUUAGGUCAUUGGUUAUAGUUAAUUUUACACAUCACAUGUAAAUCAGACUGUGUAAUGUGUUCAAUCUGGAAGAAGAUGGCAGCAGUUGUAGAGGUGGAAUACAAUAAAAUUGUACCAUUGGAAAUCCGUACCAUUUAACCAGUCUAAAUCUGGAGCUGAUUGUGAUGGUUGAUUAAAUAGAACACAGUGAUUUUGUUCUGUUUAGCCUCUCUAAAUCUGAAGCUGAUUGUAUUAAGAACACAGUGACAUUGUACUGUUUAGCCUGUCUAAAUCUGAAUUUGAUUUUGAUGAUUGAAUAUUUAGAACACAGUGGCAUUGUGCUGUUUAGCCUCUCUAAAUCUGAAGUUGAUUGUGAUGGUUAAUCACUUAGAACACAGUGGCAUUGUACUGUUAAGCCUCUCUAAAUCUGGAGCUGAUUGUUACAGUGAUGGUUAAUCAUUUAGAACACAGUGACAUUGUACUGUUUAGCCUGUCUAAAUCUGAAGCUGAUUGUGAUGGUUAUAUAUUUAGUACACAGUGACAUUGUACUGUUUAACCUGUCUAAAUCUAAGUUGAUUGUGAUGGUUGAUCAUUUAGAACACAGUGACAUUGUACUGUUAAGCCUCUCUAAAUCUGGAGCUGAUUGUUACGGUGAUGGUUGAUCAUUUAGAUCACAGUGACAUUGUACUGUUUAGCCUGUCUAAAUCUGAAGCUGAUUGUAAUAAUUAAUUUUAGAACACAGUGAAAUUGAACUGUCUAGCUUGUUUAAAGCUUAGCUGAUUGCCAUGAUCAGUUAUUUAUAACACAAAGGAGAUGGUUAAUAAAUAAAAUUAUACAACAAAUCCUUAUCAGGUUUGCUUACUAAUAGGUGAAUGGCUCAUUCUGUAUAAAUGCUUAGUAAUUGCAAACUGGAAUAUAUUUAGUCAGGUAAUCUUUAGCAGUGCUUGUUUUCUUUUAACAAAUUAACUUAAAGUACAUGUAUGUGUAAAGACCUUGACAAAAAUGUUGCUUGUUGUUUUUUGCAAUUCAGCUAACUUCGGUAACCUGAAAUGAAAAUAACAAGUCAGUAACUGGAAAAUAACAAAUCAGUAAAGACUCACCACAGAAUAACUAUCCUUUUGUUUUUCCAUAAUGGUAAUCAUACACGAUUUGCAUAAGAAAAAUUGAGAAAUACAAGUACCUAGUCACACAUUGAAAAUGGCAUAUAUUCAUCAAAACAAUGUGUUUAAAGUCUAAACAUUGUAUUGAAUUUAUAUAGCAGUAUGCACAGUACCUAAUGUAUUCAAAUAAGAUUUGACAACAUUGUGUUUUAUAGUGCAAGACAUUAAACAUAUUAAUUCAGGAAAAGCCUCCAGUAACCCCCUGUCAUGUUAUGGCAUAACUCACAUAUUAUGUAUAAUUAGAUUGAUCUUUAUGAACUGUAUGGUGGAUAGGGUGAGGUGAGUAGGUCACUAGAUUGUGUUGGGUCUUUAACUGCAUUUGUGCCUAAUACAGAUACACAACUCAGCUAUAUUAUCUAUUCAUCACCAGUGUAAAAUACGUUUAUCUAUAAUUUGAUCCUUGUUUUUGAUUUUUGUACCAAAAAAAUGGGCAUAAAAUGCCAAAAAAUUAAAUAAGUAAUUAAUUUA